UCGAUCAAAACAAACUCACUACUCUCUCUCUCAAUUCUAAAUGGCUCAACAAGAUGGAGGAAAACCAGAGUCUGGUUUCAACGACUCUACACCCGCAGUACAGAAACGAAGCAAGGAAUAUUGGGUCCUUUUGUUGCUGAGGUUGGCUGCAUUUUUGGCCACGGCAUCGGCAACUCUCGUGAUGGCACUCAAUAAACAGACCAAAACCUUGGUGGUUGCCACCAUUGGUAACACCCCACUCAAAGCUACUCUUACUGCCAAGUUUCAGCACACCCCAGCAUUCGUGUUCUUUGUGGUAGCUAACGGUAUGGCCAGUGUCCAUAGUUUGACGAUGAUAGUUGUGGAGAUUUUUGGGCACAAGAUUGAUUACAAGGGACUCCGCCUCGCAAUCAUUGCCAUUUUGGACAUGAUGACGGUGGUUCUAGCUUCGGCUGGAGAUGGGGCUGCAACGUUCAUGGCAGCGCUGGGGAAGAAUGGUAAUUCACAUGCAAGGUGGAACAAGAUCUGCGACAAGUUCCAUACCUUUUGCGACCAUGGAUCUGGGGCCCUCAUCGCUUCCUUCAUUGGCCUCCUUAUCCUUUUGAUCGUCAACGUCAUCUCUAUUACCAAACUCCACAACCCAAAAUCCACCUAUAAUGCUGGAUUCCCUUAAUUGUUGCAUGUACUACUGAAUCCAUUCUCUCUUGUGCAGCAUGUGUUUGCUAGCCCUCCUCCUCGUCUUUCCUCUUUCAAUUCAUAAUGCUAUCUAUGUAUGUCACCUUUGUUUGCUUUACUGGUUGUAAUCCAAACUGUAGUUUCAAAUGGUUGUUUAGGGUUUUUGGGAAAAGUGUUAGGGUUGCUGGGAGAUGUGAUGUCUGAUUAAUGAAUGUCGGGGAUUAUGUCCUAAAUCCCAAUGAUUUUAUAUCAAUGUUGAUAUUCAAAGUUUGUAAUGAAUAUAAGUCGUUAUUCACUGAUUAAA